ACCGUACCUAGCCAGCACAUGAUGAGAGAGAUGGAUAUAGAUAGGGGAGAGAGCUAGAGAGAAAGGGCAAGGAAACAGGCAAAGGGUACAAUAGUGAGAAGGAGAGAGAGAGGGGGAGUGAGAGAGAUGCAUCUACCUCAGCUCUCUUGCCUGCUACCUAGCUAGCUAGCUCUCUCUUAUCAGUCAUUUCCUAGCUUUUCACCAUUCAUUCAUUCCUAGCUAUAGCAAAGCAGACACAAGCACAGACAGUACUCUCAUCUCAUCUCACCCACCCACCAAGCAAGCUCUGCUCACCAAAUCUUCUUCCUCUUCACCUCUCCUCUAGCUAGCAAUACCACACUCUAGCUAAGCUAAGCUAGCUCGCCACCAACAACCAAGAACCAGCAAGAUCCAAGAAGAAGAAAUCUCCAAUUGACCGUGGCGAUGAAUCGAAUGAAAGAAGAGGAAUUACUUCUUUUUCCAUACUGAUUAUAUCUACAAGCAAGCUUAGCUUGUUUGAUCUCUCUUGCAGCUAGCUUAGCUUGCGAUUGAUCGAUUGAUCUCGCAUAUAUAUAUAUAUGGAGCUGUUCCCCCGGCAGCCGGACCUGGCGCGGCCGACAAGCUCCUCCUCCUCGGCGUCUUUCCCUCCGGCUCCGGCGCCGGCGCCGACGACGGCCUGGCUGCGUCCACUGGACACCACCACCACCGCCGGCAACAACAUGGAUCAAUUCGGGCACCUAGGGUUUUGGCAAGCCCCCGGCAGCGCCAAAGACGGCGACCUGCGCACGCCGUCGGCGAGAACGGCGGCACCGCCUUCCAACCACUUCCUCUCCUCAGCCACAGCCGGAAGCUACAAGCAGCAGCAGCAUGUUAACAGCAUCAGCCAUGGCGGCUGCUACUCCAACAACCACCAUUAUUACGAGAGGAUGAAUGCUUUGCUCAAGCCCAUCAGGGGAGUCCCCAUCUACCAUCAUCAUCCCUUCCAGCUUCAGCAUCAGCAUCAGCAGCAGCAGCAACAGAAGCACAUGGUGAUGGGUUCCCGGAGCAUUAACAACGGCGGCGGCGGGUUCUUGUCGUCGUCGAGGUUUCCGGCGGGGCGGCGGAGCCUGCGGGCGCCGAGGAUGCGGUGGACGACGACGCUGCACGCGCGCUUCGUCCACGCCGUCGAGCUCCUAGGCGGCCAUGAGAGAGCCACUCCCAAGUCAGUGCUGGAGCUCAUGGAUGUGAAGGAUCUUACCUUGGCACAUGUCAAAUCUCAUCUCCAGAUGUAUCGCACGAUAAAGAGUACCGACAAACCCAUGGUUUCAUCAGGACAGCUUGAAGGUUUUGAUAACGGAUCAGCGGGUGAGAUCUCCGACGAGAGCUUACCGGAAACCCUCGGCACCCGCCGGAUCAUCAGUACAGAUCAAAAUGGAACCAGUGCAAAUUCUCACAGCAGCAAUACUUACAAUGGUUUGUGGAGCAACUCUUCAAGGGUAGGAUGUCCUGAACUCGGCUCAAAUACUACUGAAAUUGGAAAGCUGCGACACAAGGAAGAAGCAGCAGCUCCAUCAAAGAGCAUUGAGAUAUCAGCAGAGAUGAAUGCGUCGUGCAUCUCCUAUCAGACAUCGAGUCCUCCAGCGCAGCCAAACCUCGAGUUUACGCUAGGAAUCAGGACUACACUGCACACCAUCGAUUAACUAAACAGAAUAUAAAUUCCUAUAUAUCUAGCUUAAUCAAUUGAUGCAAUACAUCAGCAACCAUAGAUCGAGGUAAUUAAAGCGAAAGAUCGAUGCAGGGGACAAAGAAGAGAAAGCAUAUGCAUGACUUGAUGCAUUCUGAUCAAGCUUGGACAAAGCUGCUGAUGAGAUAGGAAUUAAAGAGUAUUAUGUAAAAAUGUGCCAUCCAUCUCCCAUCCAUUUAUGUAUGUCUCUGUGUGUGUGAAAGAGAGAGAACUAGCUAGAGUGAGAGAGAGAGAGAGAUGAAAAUCAUGAAAUGCCUUUGCUCCUUGAAUGGUUAGCUUUAUGUAUAAAGUCAUGUUGUUUAAAGUUUGU